GCAACUAGAAAUAAUUCUCAGUUUUGUGCUACAGAAACUUGCCAUGGAAGACAGUUCCCUCAGUGUCAUCAGUUCUAGGUCAAGCGGUGACGAGGAAGCACGGCAGCAGCUCGUUGCAACAAGCAGCACCCUUGAAAGUUGGACCUUGAAUUGCAGAAGCACAGGCCACGCCAGUCCCCACCUUGUCCUCGACCUCUUUCGCCCUAGCCCCCCCGGCUCAUCAGACAAGGCUGCCGAACCAAUCCCACCGCUCAGAAUCCUCAGGCUCCAGGCGGAUGACGAGCCACUUGGAAGCUAAUCGCCAAGAUAUACCUGACUGCUGCUGCCACGCGCCACGAGGCGAAAGCAACAACGACAGAACACCAUCCAAACCACUUUCCAUACGAAAACAUUUGCAAUUUGUUUGCAUUUUGCAUUCCGGCAUCACCAGAACCUACCGCACUAUUCAAAUUCAUCGCAUCAGCCUCGGGAGAGAAAGGGAUAUCUAGGGCAAAAAUGGGUGACGUCCUGGUCGAAAGCGCUGCCAACAGCGUCCAGCCUCACAAGAAGAGCAUCCCCUCCACCAUCCCUAGCAUCGAGAACUUCGAGGGCGUAACGACAGAGGGCAACGAUGAGUACGAGAACCUCAAGCGGCUGCAACGGCAGCUGGAGUACAUUCAGCUGCAGGAGGAGUACAUCAAGGACGAGCAAAGUCGACGUGGGACAGGAGCUAAACCUUUUGGUGUUAGGAGUCUGAAGCGUGAGUUGGUGCGGGCACAGGAGGAGAUCAAGCGCAUCCAGAGCGUCCCGCUGGUCAUCGGCCAGUUCAUGGAGGCCAUUGACCAAAACACUGGCAUCGUUCAGUCCUCCACCGGCAGCAACUACGUCGUCCGCAUCCUGUCCACCCUCGACCGCGAGAAGCUCAAGCCCUCCUCCUCAGUCGCCCUCCACCGCCACUCCAAUGCCCUCGUCGACAUCCUCCCCCCCGAAGCCGACUCCUCCAUCGCCAUGCUCGGCGCCGACGAAAAGCCCGACGUGACCUACGCCGACGUUGGUGGUCUCGACAUGCAAAAGCAGGAAAUCCGCGAGGCCGUCGAGCUCCCUCUCACCCAUUUCGACCUCUACAAGCAAAUCGGCAUCGACCCUCCCCGUGGUGUUCUCCUCUACGGCCCCCCCGGUACCGGCAAGACGAUGCUUGUCAAGGCUGUCGCCAACUCGACCACAGCCAAUUUCAUCCGCGUGGUCGGGUCCGAGUUCGUCCAGAAAUAUCUCGGUGAAGGCCCCCGCAUGGUCCGCGACGUCUUCCGCAUGGCUCGCGAGAACGCCCCGGCCAUCAUCUUCAUCGACGAAAUCGACGCCAUCGCCACGAAGCGUUUCGAUGCUCAGACCGGUGCCGAUCGAGAAGUCCAGCGUAUCCUGCUCGAACUCCUCAACCAAAUGGAUGGUUUCGACCAGACGGCCAACGUCAAGGUCAUCAUGGCCACCAACCGAGCCGACACGCUUGAUCCUGCCCUUCUCCGUCCCGGCCGGCUUGAUCGCAAGAUUGAGUUCCCCAACCUUCGUGAUCGCCGUGAGAGGAGACUGAUCUUUACGACGAUUGCGGGCAAGAUGAGCUUGGCGCCAGAGGUUGACUUGGAUAGUUUGAUCACGAGGAACGAUCCGCUGAGCGGCGCCGUGAUUGCGGCGAUUAUGCAGGAGGCGGGGCUGAGGGCGGUGAGAAAGAAUAGGUACAACAUUAUUCAGAGCGAUUUGGAGGAUGCGUAUAGCAGCCAGGUGAAGGGGACGACAGAUGAGAACAAAUUUGAUUUUUACAAAUAAGCAUGGACAUGAUGGGGGGGUGGGGGGCGGAAACAAAAGGCUCAGGCUUACAACAGCGAAGAUUGAUGGCCAGGUGUGUUUUGGGGUGAGGGGGGGUUGGGUGGCUGCUUUGCUAGAGGAGUCGAGAUGCGUAAUGUACAAUAUAAGUAUGACAUGGAAUAGAUGGCGUGUCUUGUCUUUUGCUGA